CCUCAGUCACCUACGGGCCUUCGACUGAGUUGUUUCACGCCGCUCCGACCUCCGAUUCAUUUAAGGAUAACGAAAUUUUUCUGGUGAAGACGAGGACAGUCGCCGGAGGCAUUGUUGCACUUCCCCGUCCUUGAGGUGUGUAUCAUCUUAUGCAAACGUAUCAAAUCUUCCCCAAAAGGAUCCAUACACCCAGAGUUCACGGAUGGUCGAUCUGAGAUUGCGUUCAGGAUUGGACUUGAACUUUGAACUGGGAGACGUUGCAACUUGAGGAUGAGAUGGUUUCAAAAAAACUCUGACGCUCCACGCUUGCUGAGUUUAUCUCCUCUGAGACAGGAUGUGGAAGGGGGUUAUUCCGAAGUGCAAAGAUCCCCGUUGCCAUCGCCUAGACAUAGAUCCCGAUUAGAUUUAUCUCCCAUCCAAUGGCAGCGGGGUUGCAACCCUUUGAACCUUGGAGCCCAGUACAUAAAUGUAGACGGUCAGGGUGAAGGCGAACAGCAGUCGGCCAACAGUGAUCGAGAGCUUGCCCUGAGGGCAUUUUCAAGAGAGAAAAGAAAUCCAUUGCUCGAAAAAGUUAAAAACACAAAACUCUCGUGCUUCGCAUCGACAAAGCCGACUACAAGCAGCAGCACUGAAGUUUACGACGAGCUGACCCCGUCAUUCAACACGGAUAACGAUUUUUUAAUACAGCAGAAUAGAAAUUACAAACAAAUUUACAAAACAAAAGCAGCCUCUUUUGAAAAUCUUUUAGACGACCCUCAAUACAACUCCAGCAAUAAAAGGGACAACAUAAAGUUCGACCAUCAUGUCACAAACUACAGCCAAGAUCACCCAUUUGUCGGAGAAUCGAAAGUCGACACUGGAAAAAUGAACCAAUCCAAUACAUCUAAACUGAGCAAUUGCGAAGAGCAUGCCAGUUCUUCUUCCUCGUUUGGAACCAAAUUCCGCACUAUGUCUCAAAAAUAUUUAAAAAGUUCUACCAACAGGUUUCUGGCGAAGCUGUACAAGCACAAUGUACACAACAUAGAACCCACGACUCAACAAAAAGGUCCCCCGGUCAAAUCGCCCAAUAAAGCCAAACUGAGAAGUUUCUCUUACGGUGCUCUUCCUGGGAUGGAAGAAUUUCAAAAACAGCAAAAUUCCAACUGUAACGAGGAAGAAAUGCAAAAAUAUUACAAUGGAAAUCAAAGGCUAGAAGGCGGAAAUUAUUUCACAAGAGAUUCCGAAGACAACGACAGCGGUAUUUUAGUCAACACAUCCGCGACUUCAUCAGUAGUGGGAUGCAUAGUUCCGAAAGCGUUCCACGACGAUAAAGUCGAAGUCUGCCACAUGCGAAGCGUUUCUCAAGACAGCCCUCCUGACAUUGAUUACCAAAACGUUAGAUAUUAUUACAAUGGGGCGAGAACGCCGACUAAAUUGAACCAAGCGAAAUGUGAUGAACCCCAAGGGAAGGAUUUCCCUCCUCCUAUUCCUCCACACCAGCCUAGCUUUCCACGAAAUGACAAAAGAGAAUCUAGGGUGAAAACGUUCAUUCUGAUCAGGUUACAACGAUCCGAACCGAAUGAAAACCUCGGCAUAUGCAUAGCGGAAAUCGGGAGUCUGGCUUCUCAAGGAUAUGUAAUUGCCCACAUCGUGCCAGGAAGUUUAGCUGACAGGGACGGGACAUUGCAGAUUGAUGAUGAAAUCAUAAAUAUCAAUGGGAGGCGGCUGAGGGGAAUGGCUAUAGAAAACGCAAGAGAAGCUAUCUUCAAGGGGCCCAUUCAAGUCGAUAUAUUAAUCGCAAGAACAAUAGAAUGGAAAAUAAGUAAAAUGCAGGAGAGCAGUGUCGACUACGAAAACGUCAUGAUUUAUCCUCCAUCCCCGUUAAAGUCGAAACCGGGGUACGGAUCGAAACAAUUGGAAAAUUCCUUGUUGAACGGAGGCAACUUCGACAAGCAGGGCUCGGACAGUUCCCUCUCACCUACCGGGUUCCAAAAGCACAACACCCUCAGCCAUAAAAUGUAUCGUAAAAAUUUCGAAGUCUUUUCAGGAAAAUCUAUGAAAUGCAACACGUUCAACGAAAAGAGCCACGGCAAUUUCGUCAAGCAAUUGAACAAAACCGAAGACAACGUCGAUUCCUCGUUUUGCACACUCCCGAGGAGGCCGAGGUCGAGUAUUUACUCAUUGUACACGUUCGUCUUCGAAAAAGGGCCGGGGAAGAAAAGCCUCGGAUUCACGAUAGUCGGAGGGAAAGACUCACCGCGGGGUGCCAUGGGGAUAUUCAUCAAAAGCAUACUUGAAAGUGGUCAAGCAGCAGAUGACGGCCGUUUGAGAGAAGGGGAUGAACUCCUUGCUGUCAACGGUCAAGUGUGCCAUGAUAUGACCCACGCAGACGCUGUUGCACUUUUUAAGAAUAUCAAAAGCGGUCCUAUUGCCAUCCACGUAUCGAGACGAGUUCGUCCAGUCAAAUCAACAAGCAAGGCAAAAUCCUGCAUGGACCUAGUGCAAUCUCCAACAUCAGAAGAGAGAUAAGAUUCAUCAAGACUGUGAUAAUUUGUAAAAUAGUUAAUUUUUUUAAACAGAAAUAAACAUUUUCAUGUAUAUUAACUUACUUAAAUGUACAUACUAAUGUGUACCUAGAAAAAAAUACUGGUACUUUUUUUUAAACAAACUAUUUUAUAUUUUAAACUAAUUAAGAAUUGUAAUUGAAACAAAUUAUAAGCUGCUGUAAUUUUUGCUUAAAAAAUAUAGGUUUGAUAUGUAUUUUGUUGUUAAUAGUCCCAUUAGAUUGAAUUCAAAUGAUUCCAGUUUAGCUGCCGGUCGUUGUUUUUGUUAUAGUUCUAACAAUGAGCCUAGAUGAAGCAGAAAAUCGCUUUUUCAAAAUUAUCAUCAAAAAUAAAAUUAGUCUGUCUGAAUUUUCAAUAAUAUUAUUAAAUAUUCCCUUGGCAAUUAAUUUUAGAACAAAGACGAUAUUUAAAAAAAAAAUGAAUAAGUGUCACUAUUCAACUUUUAAGUAGCGAUAAACUUUAACAGUUUUAAAUUCAAUAUAAAUGUUUAUUAUGAUCUUAAUUGUGAAUGAUAGUUAAAAAAAAACUAUAAAUAGAAGUGGCCAUCUAUAUAUUAAGGCAUAAUGCCAAAGAUAUCAGUCAUUCUGUAAUUUUUAUUAAGCUGUAUAAAUUUUAGGAUUAAAUGCUAAGUAGAGAAUCUUUUGAUAACUUCUUAUGUGCAUUUUUGUGUCAAAUAAUGUUUCAAUUUGUAAAUGUGUUCAUUCGCAUUUUCAUUUUGUGAUUCA